CUCCAGCCCGAACCCCCCUGAAAUAUGUUCAGGGGCGCUUGGAUGUGGCCCGGGAAAGACGCCGCCGCGCUGAGUAUCUGCUGCUGCUGCUGCUGCUGGGCUCCCAGGUCGAGCGACAAACCUUGCGCCGAUUCUGAGCGGGCGCAGCGAUGGCGACUGUCCCUGGCGUCCCUGCUCUUCUUCACCGUGCUGCUCGCUGACCAUCUGUGGCUGUGCGCGGGGGCCCGGCCCCGGGCCAGGGAGGUGAGCAGCACCAUGCGGCCGCCCUGGGGGGCCGGCCGCGAGCGGCAACGGGUGCCUCCUCGCGCGGUGUUGCCGCUCUCACCGCCGUCGCAGGGCGAGUCCAGCGCGUCCUCAGGCACCUGCAGCCCGCGAUACCGCAACCUGACCAAAGCCGCCCCCGCCGUCGGCCCCGGGCCGGUCUGCGGUGGUGUCCCAGAGCCCACGGGGCUGGACGCAGCUUGCACCAAAUUGGAAUAUUUGCAGAGACUUUUUGAACCGACCACCCCGGCUCCCCCUCUGCGGCCCCCUGACGCGCCUUCUCGUACCCCGGCUGAGUUCCCCCCCGCCAAAAAGAACUUGCUCAAAGGCCACUUUCGGAACUUUACUCUCUCUUUUUGCGACACCUACACGGUCUGGGACUUGCUGCUUGGCAUGGACCGCCCAGAAAGACUGGACUGUACUCUGGACACCCUGCUGGGGGACCUGCUGGCAGUAAUGGCCAGCCCGGGCUCCGGGACCUGGGAGGUGUGUAACAACUGCAUCGAGGCGUACCAGCGACUGGACCGACAUGCUCAGGAAAAAUAUGAUGAGUUCGACCUCGUGAUGCAUAAAUACUUGCAGGCAAAAGAGUACUCUAUCCGGUCCUGCACGAAAGGCUGCAAGGCUGUCUACAAGGCCUGGCUGUGCUCAGAAUACUUCAGUGUGACCCAACAGGAAUGCCAGAGCUGGGUGCCUUGCAAGCAAUACUGCUUGGAGGUGCAGACCCGAUGCCCCUUUAUUCUCCCUGACAAUGGAGAGAUGGUGUAUGGAGGCCUCCCUGGCUUUAUCUGUACAGGGUUGGUUGAUACUUCACCAAAGCGGCCGGAAACCAAGUGCUGUGACGUGAAGUGGGUCUCCUGUGAGUCGGAGAAGAAGAAGUUCAAGGACUCUGAGCACCCCAAAACCCACCACCAGCAAUUUCACCAUUCCUUUUUCCACCACUACCCCCAACAGUACCAACAUUACCACCCCCGCCAUGAACCUCCAAACCGUGCCAGCAACAAAGCCUCCCUGCUGCCGGUCUCUGGGGGCUCCUGCAUCAGUCCUAGCAGGAUCCGGCUCUGUUUCCUUGUUCUUAUACUCGUCCAUACCGUAGUGUCCUUCUCUAGCAGCCAGGGUGGCGGGGGACUGGGGCUGGAGACACUGCCUGCCCUAGAGGAAGAGUGACCUCCACCACAUCCUGACAUCAGCUCCAGCCCUGCCCCAGGUUGGGGGGGAGGGAGCACCUCCCACGGGAAAUGUAGGACCAGGUGUGGGUUGGGGGAGAAAUGGGGGGCCAUAUAUUGUCCCCAGUCUACCCCUUUCCUAAAAGCAGCUCCAAUAUAAUGGCCAGAAGGCCCACAAGGAGCUGUAAAACUCACCCUGGAGAAAAAGGUAGGAGCAGCAGGUGCCCCCCCCAGCCCCACCCAUAGGGCUUAGUGAAAAGGGGGGGGAGUGAGAGCUGGAAUUGCCCACUCCUGCCAAGAGCCCUGACCCCAGGGAAGGAGGCUGCCAUCCCCAGCCUCAUCUCUGCAUGGAAUGUUGGGGGGCACAGAGGGGAGUAGUUCUCCCCCCUCCACAUUCCUUUCGUUGCCAAGAUCCUUAAUACCCUCCUGCCCGUAUCACUGCAGGUGACGGCAGACAGUGUGGUCGCCCUCCUGCCACUUCAGUGCACCCUGAGUGUGGGGCUGUCACAGUGAGAAGCAUCAGAUGGGGGCCUGAGGCCCACAGGGCCACAGCUAGGAAGAUGCCCCAGUUAAGCUGCCCCCACCAUCCUAGGUAAUGAGGGAUUGGAACUGGAUAUGGAAUGGGUGGUAAAAGAGAAGGAAGAUAGGGAAGGGAAGAAGACAGGGGAGAGAGAGGUGGACAGA